AUGACAGCUGGAAUUGGCGAGUACGCGAGGAGAAAUGAAGGAAACAACUCUGCCUACAGGAUGGAAGAUGUCGGAAGGUUCACUUCGACUGAGCAGGGAAACACUUCAGGGCGUUCGGUGGGAGAUUUGAGGUGGGAGGGAUGGGAGGUGCGAGGAGGAGACGGCCAGACCAAGGCUCGCAUCCUCGAGUCUCAGAAUGCUCAGCUAGAGGCCAUGGUGAGGAACCUGCAGGACCAGCUGGAGCUCUCGAGGAGGAGGGCAGACGAGAGCACCCUCGCGGAGCUGAGCAAGCUGCAAGUACAAGUGACUCAACUGAGAUCUGAAUGUGAUGCGAUGAGAAUGACCAACGCCGACCUUGCGCAAGGGAAGAUGCUCUUGACUGCUGAGGUCGAGAUGCUCCGUGCAGACCAGCAGAGUGUGAGGGGGAAGUAUGAGAGCCGCAGUCAGAGCGCUGAAGCUGAGCUGCUCAACCUCCUCAACAACAAUCAGGAGCUGGACUACACCAGCAAGCGGCUGCAGCAGGAGCUCACGUUCCUCGACCACGAGGUGAGGAGUAGGAGUGAGGAGGUGAGCCAGCUACGAGCCCAGCUGCAGGAGGUGGUCAGUCAGGCAGAGCUACAGGCACAGCAGCAGGAGGUGGCGUCAGUGUCGCGGGUGGUGGAACUUUCUGCUCAGCGAGACUCCGCCAUCAACUCGGCGAGGAGGACGAGCGAGAGACUUCGAGAAGCUGAAGCGAAGCUGGAGAGCAUGCAGCAAGCUCUGACGGCGGAGGUGGAGCAGCUGAAAAAGGAGAACCAUCGGCUCUCAACGCUGAUGCGCUCGCAUGAAGCGAGUCAGAACGAGGCUUUUGAGCUCAGGAAGGAGCUGCGCGAUUUGAUGGGAGCCCAGGCAUGA